CGGGUUGUGUAUGUUCAGGGGGAGGACACGCGAGGCUCUGGCAACGUCCAUCCUUCUGAAGAACGCUGACAGGCGCGAGCCGCAGUGGAUGGUCGGUCGCGGGGGUUAAGGCCAACCCCUCAAUCUCUCCUUUGUCAUGCGAGUGGUCCUUCGUUCAUUACACUACACACACGCUCGUUACAGUCGCUCAUUAACUUUCGCCUUCGUAUGAACAAAAUAACAAAAUAACAGGCCGCGACCAGGUCCCACGUUGCAAGCAGCGCCUCCGCGGCCGGCAGAGUCAGUCCACGGGUCGCCGAGACGUCAUCGAGGGGUGCCCCGGGUCGAGACGUCUCGGGACCGCGACUCUGGUGGAGCGCGUGCUGGACCUGUACCCGGAGUCUACUGGUCACCAGUCUACUACUCUUCGGCCUCGAUUUUAAGGCCCGAGAGGAAUAGGAUGGAACCCGGUGCCAGGGGCAGGUCCCCUGCGUCCCAGCGCGUCACACAGAAGCUAGGCGGCGACACCACCGUCCGCAUUCCCUACCGUCCACGGAAGGAUGCAGUUUACGCGCGGAAGACUGCAGCCGCCGACCUCGACCCGGCGACGGCUACGCGGCAAGCGGACUCCCGGGCUGACCCCAAACACCCGGCAGCCGCCGAUGCGCUGUCCCUCUCCGGCACCACGCCCCCGAGCAGCCCGACCAUGGCCAGCUUCCCCGGCGGCCCCAAAUCGAUGACUCCGGACUUGCUCCGGAAAGGCCGCCCUCAGCUGGUUCUCCUCGACUCGCAGGGCAAGGUUGCUGCCAAGGAUGGGGCUGAUGCGUCCUUUCGGAGGCAUAACCGUGGGAUCGGUUCCAUCGACUCCCUCCUCUCCUCUACCACCUGUGUCAACACACAGUCCGAGUGUAGCCGCCCGGAAUCUCGCCUGUCUCGGGAGAUCCGCAGCGAGAUCGAGGAGGAUGCCGAUGGUGGCCUGUCUGUCCUCCCUCCCCGCAUGCCUCGGAGACAGGCAAGCAAAAUACAGCUUGCUCCCCCAAGCGUCACGGCACCUAAGUCUUCAGCUUCUGUGGAGACCGAGGAUCAGGGGACUGCUGAUGAUGAAGAGGCCAGGCUUGUUGAUGAGAUUUCAUCAUGGGUUCUGAGAAACACGUUCGGUAAAGAUGUGGAUGACUGUGCCGCUCCACUGUUGGUUUGGGACUGCACGUACCGUUACCUCCAGGAACUCUGGACCGCAGCUUAUGAGGGAAAGCUUGGGUUUAUUCAAACAACAUCUGGCCACGGCACGCCGUCAUCGCACUACGGCGGAACCCCAAGUUCUAGCAACAAUGACCAGCAACACUCGGCUCAGCAUGGGAAGGGGAAGCGGAAAGCUGACGGAGGCAGUGAUGAUGGGAGUGGGUUGGGCGGCCGGGACAACCAGGGGAACGAAGAGCGGGAUGUGUCACCAGCCUCGCAAGCAUACAGCACUAAAGGCAACAUCACGAACUUCAGCUGUCCCUACCGAAAACGCAACCCCCUUCGGUUCAACGUCCGCGAUUACUACGUCUGCGCCACACAUUCUUUUGCCGAUAUGUCGCAGCUGAAAAAGCACAUCCGUGCUCACCACCCACCCGUGCAGAGGAACGCAGGGCCAUUUCUCUGUCCCCGAUGCUGCCAGGGGUUCGUCUCCAAAAAUGACCUGGACUCUCACCUGCGCCAGCUAGACGUGUGCCGUAUCACCUAUGAUAGUGGCGGCGCUGACCCUGAGGACGGCAUCACCCAGAAGAUCAUUUCGUCCCUGGAGGCUAGAAGUUUGAAAGCCAAAAUUGACAAUUGGGUCUCGUUGUGGAAGCUUCUUUUCCCGAGCGAUCAGGUCAUUCCGGAUCCUGUGUUCGUUCCCGUCAUGGAAAUCUUUGAUUUCAUUGUUGAGUCCAAGAAGGUCAUCAGCACGUUGAAAGACCUGCUCGAGAUUCAGUACCGCUACGUUCUCGAAGGGGCAAGCCAAGUAAUGGACGUCGAACUCAAGAUUCACCAAGGCCUCGAGCGGAGUGCGAAAACCAUCUACAACUGGAUCGAAACUGUCGUGCAAGAUUGGGAGCAGCGGAUAUCAGGGACGGUCUCCCUGUUUUCAAGCUCAGCCAUCAGCCAGCCGGACGCGAGCAGUGAUCGUUGGGCUUCUACCCCUCAUCUCCCUCCUUCCCCUGCCCCAACGCCGACAGUGUUGCCUGGGAAUGCAGCUGCUGCGAGCAUCUUGCCUGGAGCGGACAGCCCUGGCGCAACUGCACCUGGGGGUCUUAGGACCUCGUCCGUCCGGAGGCGGCCCAAUCCUCCACCCAAGCGGAUCAAGAGGCCCGAGAUACUACCCAAAGCGCCACCGCCGACGCAGAUACCACUGCCCAUCCAACGAGCACGAACACCUCAAUCGCAAGCAAGGAUUGUCAGUGCCUCCUUUAGGCCGGCCCCGACAGUUCUUCCAAGCCAGUCAGUUCCUAUCCCAACACAAACCACGCAGAACCUUGAGCCAGGGCCACCAUACCAGGCAAGCUGGGAGCAUCCCACCGUAACGGUCACCAGCGCCUACAGUGCUCCCUACACCAGCCCGGGCGACGUAUUCCAACAUCCGGCCAUGACACCGACACACUACGCGCACAUCCAUCCGGCAUAUCUGCCGUCGACAGAACCGCCGAACGAGACAAUAUCGGCCGAGGAAAUGCAGCAACACGAACUCGACCAACGGCAGCAGUCAGCAGCAACCAUCCACGCUAACCGGCUUACCAUGUCGACCGCUUCUAGGUCCUCGCUUGCUAGUCUCAGCUGGAUCCGCGACGAGAACCGCGAUUCGAGCCAAACACUUGUGGAAGCACAUCCGCCUGGAAGAUGCGGCAGCAUGUACUGCCCGAGCUGUAGCAAGACGUUGCCAGAUGACAUCACUGCGCAGCCCUCGCCCGUGGGCAUGCAUGCUGUCACCGGUGGUCAUCACCACCACCCGGGUUUCCACACAGCGGGGCCGGGAACGGGGGCACCAUUCCAAACCUCUCACAGGGCCGGGGAAGUCCACGGCUUCGGAGAUCAAGUGGAGUGGUCAUUCCAUACCACUGGGGGAGUCCAGGGUACCGGGACUAAUGAUAAUAAUCUGUUUGGAGGAGGCCCCCAGGGGCCGCAAGAAGGAUACUAAUCACUACGUGACGCGGGGGGCUAAUUUUGGAUGCUUCUUCACUGUAUACUAACAAUACUUCCCAACGAUUUCUUACUAAUGUAAUACCUUCUUGCGUUUGCGUUGGGGCGCUGUGGAGCUAGGACCAUCGAUUGGAAAAGGGCCGGCAGACACGGCACGCGAUGAGGACAUGACUGGAUGUACCGCGAUGUUUAUGUACGAUAUUAUAGAUCUUCGAGCGUUACUCAGGGCGCCAGGGGUAUCCCAUCGGCGCCGUGUAAUUCUAACUGGUAGUGUGUAUCUGACUGAAUACCUAGUUCCCUG